UGGAUACACGGAGAUUGGAAAAAGCAGAAGCAAAGAUAAAAGCAAAGUUAGAAAAGAGAGAGCGUAGAUCUAAUUACGAGGCUAGCAAAUUGUUACAAAAGAAGGAUGAUGCCGAAUUCUUAAUGAAAGUCAAUCCAAUAUUAGAUUAUACUUCGACAAGAGGAAAAGUUAAAGAUGUAAAGGUGGAAAAUUUCGACAUAUCGUUUGCCGGCAGACGUAUACUAACAAACGCUGACUUAACAUUGACCUAUGGUCGUCGAUACGGUUUGGUUGGUCGUAACGGUAUUGGGAAAUGUUUUGGGCUUGGAACGAAGCUCCUCAUGUCAGAUGGUUCCUCUAAAAGAGUUGAAGACAUUCUCAUCGAUGAUAACCUACAAGGCAAUGAUGGCGCGCCGAGGCGUGUCCUAAGUCUUUCUCGUGGAGUAGGGCCUAUGUAUAAAGUGAUUCCAGAACUGGGAAGUCCAGGCAAGCCGUUCGAAUGUAACGACAAACACAUUCUUGUACUUAAAUUUGCGGGAAGGCCACGUGUUAUUACGAGCGAAAAAUUUGUAUCAGUGAACCCAAGAGUGACUCUUCAUUGGUACGAGUAUGUUCAAAAGACAAACUUAAUUGUCUUACGGAAAGAAUACUUUUCAUAUGGCGCCGGUAAACUGUACCGAAAUAAAUACGCAGCGAAAGUGGCUGCUCACAAGGAGAAAAUACGUAGAUCCAACAGUUUGUCGCCAGAUUUUAUAUGGGAAGUGGCUCUGGAGGACUUCUUAAAAGUUUGCCCGGAAGUGCAAAAAUAUUCAUACAUGUAUCGCCCAAAGAUAGCCCAUUUUCAAGGACAAGGCAGACUAGCUGGUAUACUGAAAUCUAUAACUGGCCGCUAUCCGACCUCUGAAUAUGUUUUUUACACUGCUUGGAUGAUUGGCUUUUGGAUAAGUAGAGGAUUGAAAGGUUCGGAUUGUUUGAAACUUCCUAGAAAUGAGACUCGUCCUUUCAUUAGUUACGUGGAAGUGGCAUGCGCCAUCUUGCAGUGGAAUUGUGUGCAGGUGACCGACGAUGCUUAUACAUAUGUGAGCUUCGAUCGCGGAACAGGAAAUUGUCGGUUUAAUGUGUUUAAAAAGGUGCUUAGGGAACUUGGCUUACUUCAGAAGAAGAAUAUUCCAACAGCCCUAAUGACAGACUGCCUUGAAACUGUUCGAAAACCGCUUCUCGCCGGUCUUAUGGAUGGUGAUAGUUUGUGUUGUUGGGAUCCAUAUAUUGGACAUUAUGUCAAGCUGACUGUUUCUAGCUGGGACUUGGUGAAAUCCGUUAAACGACUGGCAAGUUUUUGCGGUCUUUUUAGUGACAAACCUGGUAGAGAGAGUUGUUACGAGUGCCGUGAUCACAAGCGUCAUUGGCAUUGUAGCAUAUACGGUAAUGAAUUGUUUACAUUACCUUCUAUGCGAUAUGAUCUUAUUUCACUUGAUAAAGGUCUACCUGAAAUAUUCCACAAGCAUUCAGAAUAUAUGUGGAGAUUCAGUAUAAUAGAAAUUGGUCACAUGCCUUAUUAUGGAUUCCAAGUGGAUGGCAAUCAACUUGUGCUAUUGGAUGAUUUGACUGUCACUCAUAAUUCAACAUUGCUGAGAACACUUUCGAGACGAGAAUUAACUGUCCCGACUCACAUUAGCAUUCUACAUGUCGAACAGGAAAUGGUUGGUGACGAUACUCCGGCUAUCGAAGCUGUGUUGAGGGCGGAUAUCUGGAGAGAACAUCUUCUCGGAGAAGAGAAAAGAAUAAAUGCUACGCUUGCUAAACUCGAAAAAAUGGUUCCAGACGAAAACCAAACUUUAGAAGAUAUAGAGAAGGAAAAGGAGGAUGCGAAUGGGCAGUUGCAGGAGGUUUAUCAAAAAUUAGCAGACAUUGAGAGUGACAAAGCGGAAUCUCGUGCUGCUUCUAUACUUUCCGGAUUAGGAUUUCCGGAAGAGCGAAUGCGUGAUCCAACAAAAACGUUCUCUGGAGGUUGGCGCAUGCGACUUGCGCUAGCUCGAGCAUUAUUCUGUCGACCUGAUUUAUUACUGCUAGACGAGCCUACGAAUAUGUUGGAUAUUCCUGCUGUUGCCUGGUUAGAACAUUAUUUAAAAAAUUGGCCAAGUACACUACUUGUAGUGUCUCAUGACAGAGAAUUUCUUGAUGAAGUUGCGACCGAUAUUUUGCAUCAGCAUUCUGAACGCGUUGAUUUCUACAGGGGGAAUUUUACGCAAUUUUAUGCGACUAAAGAAGAGCGACGCAGGAAUCAGCAACGUGAGUAUGAGGCUCAGAUGCAAUACAGACAACAUCUACAAGACUUUAUCGAUCGUUGGAGAUAUAAUGCAAAGAGAGGACCACAGGCUCAAAGCAAAAUAAAAUUGCUGGAAAAGUUGCCAGUAAUAGAACCUCCUGAGGUGGAAAGUUCUGUGACGUUCAGAUUCCCUAACCCUGAUCCAAUUAGUCCGCCUAUUCUUCAGUUAGAUGACGUUGCAUUUGGAUAUAAACAGGGGGAAUUGAUUUUGUCUGACGUCAAUUUAUCAGUACAAUUGGAUUCGCGCAUAGCUGUAGUUGGACCAAACGGGGCGGGGAAAUCAACUCUACUGAAGCUUUUGACUGGUAUGCUUCAACCUCUCAAAGGAUUUGUUCACCGUCAUGGACGGUUACGGUUCGCUUUGUUUAUGCAACACCACGUGGAUCAACUCGAUCUAGAUACGACUGCAGUCGGUUUUAUGUCUAAAACUUGGCCGGGUAAAAGUGAGGAAGAGUAUAGAAGGCAAUUAGGAAGUUUUGGUGUUACCGGAAUGACAGCGUUACAACGAUUGGACACAUUGUCCGGUGGACAAAAAAGCAGAGUGGCAUUUGCAUGUUUAGGAUUGCAGAAUCCCCAUAUUUUGAUUUUGGACGAGCCGACAAAUCAUCUUGACAUGGAUUCUAUGGACGCUCUAAUAGUAGCCUUGAAAGAAUUCAAAGGCGGCGUCAUCCUUGUAUCCCAUGACGAGCGAUUUAUUGAUUCGAUUUGCACAGAGAUUUGGGUAUGCGAGAAUGGCAGAGUCAGAAAAUUUGAAGGUGACAAUAUUAAGCAAUAUAGGCAACAGAUAGUACCCAAGGAAGAACCAUGA